UACCAUUGAUUGACUCGUUUAAGUGUUGUCAGCGGCAUAGAAUUUUUUGUUUAUAGAUGAGAAUAUUCCUUUUCGUAUCGUCUUUAUAGAAGCAUGGGAGUGGGAACGAGAAAAUCAGUGAUAAAACAUAACGCAUGAUUGAGUGACCUGGCUAUGUUAAACCUUAAACCUGCGAGCACUUGCUUGCAUCAAGAGAAAAGCUUAGAAAUUAGUCAGAAACGUCUAUCAUACAGUGCAGUUGAAUUUCGUGGCAGUUAAUUGAUACUAACCGUGUGCUACAAUAGUAAAAUUAAUUGAUACGAAGCAUAACGAUGAUUUUGUUAGAGAUACACAAUAGGAUAUUAGAGGAAACGUUAACUAACAAAAUUAAAAAUGCUCUGUCUGGUCAUAAACCAGAAUCUACAGACGUUGUUAUAGCAGACUUUGAUGGAGUAUUGUUUCAUAUUUCUAGCUUGAGCGGUGAUAAGUCAAAACUUAGAAUAAGUAUAUUACUUAAAUUUUAUAAGCAAUUACAAGAACAUGGAGCUGAUGAACUUCUCAAGCGAGAAUAUGGAUCUUACCUUACAGCUCCAGAAACUGGCUACAAUGUUUCUGUGUUGCUAGAUUUGGAAAAUUUACCCCAAGAUUGGGAGGCAUUAGUUAAAAAAAUUGCGCUUUUAAAGAGACAUUGUUUCGCUAGUGUCUUCGAAAAAUAUUUCGAUUUCCAGGAGGAAUAUUAUGAUUCGCCAAAUUCACCAUCACAGAAAAGAGCUGUUAUCCAAUAUAGAGAAGAAGAGACAAUGUACGUUGAAGCCAAAAGUGAUAGAGUCACAGUGGUGUUUAGCACAAUAUUUAAAGAUGAAGAUGAUAUCGUUAUCGGAAAGUUAUUUUUACAAGAACUGAAGGAAGGUAGACGUGCGAGUCAUACGGCUCCGCAAGUCUUGUUUAAUCAUCGUGAACCACCAAUGGAAUUACAAGACUCUGAGGCAGCAAUUGGAGACUGCGUUGGAUACAUAACAUUUGUGUUAUUCCCAAGGCAUACGAACCGCGAAGCCCGCAAUAACACCAUUGAUUUAAUACACAUGUUUAGAAAUUACUUGCAUUAUCAUAUUAAGUGUAGUAAAGUAUACAUUCAUUCGAGAAUGCGGACUAAAACGACGGAUUUUUUAAAAAUACUGAAUCGUGCAAGAUCUCAGUCAAAAAGCACCGAAAAGAAAACUAUCACAGGUCGUACAUUCAUCAGGAAGGAAUGAAUAUAAUUGUAAAAUUGCUCGUAUUGUUCUAAUAAAAGGGUAAAUGACGAUCGUUUAUCUCACAUAGA